AUUUCUAGAUAGGUGAUUUCACGUGUUAACGCUGUGGGUUUUGACUCGGCAGCAGUGAGAACCGCAAAGAUGAAGGAGCAAUUCAGAGAGACAGAUGUGGCGAAAAAGAUAAGCCACAUCUGUUUUGGUGUGAAGUCAGCAGAGCAGAUGCGCCAGCAAGCACAUAUCCAAAUUGUAAGCAAGAGUCUUUACAGCCAGGAUAACAACCACACACCCCUUGCUUUUGGAGUCCUAGAUCAUCGCAUGGGAACCAGUGAGAAAGAUCGCCACUGCCAGACAUGUGGAAAGAACUUGGCAGAAUGUCUUGGUCAUUAUGGCUACCUUGACCUGGAGCUACCAUGUUUCCAUGUGGGGUAUUUCAAGGCUGUGAUUGGCAUUUUGCAGAUGAUUUGUAAAACUUGUUCCCGCAUAUUGCUGAACGCUGAAGAAAGGAAACAGUUUCUAGAUUUCCUGAAGAGGCCUGGCCUUACAUACCUUCAGAAACGAGGUCUAAAAAAGAAAAUCUCUGACAAAUGCCGCAAGAAAACAGUUUGUCUUUAUUGUGGGGCCUAUAAUGGAUCAGUAAAGAAGUGUGGCUUACUAAAAAUCAUCCAUGAGAAGUACAAGACCACUAAAAAAGUAGUGGAUCCUAUGGUGUCUCAUUUUCUUCAGUCAUUUGAUACUGCCAUAGAACACAACAAGGAAGUAGAGUCUUUACUUGGUCGAGCGCAGGAGAAUCUGAACCCAUUAAUAGUGUUAAAUCUAUUGAGGCAAAUCCCAGCUGAGGACAUUCCUCUACUGCUCAUGAACCCAGAAGCUGGAAAACCUAGUGACCUAAUCCUGACACGCCUGCUUGUUCCCCCACUUUGUAUACGCCCCUCUGUAGUGAGUGACCUUAAAUCUGGCACCAAUGAGGAUGACCUUACUAUGAAACUAACAGAGAUCAUCUUUUUAAAUGAUGUCAUAAAGAAGCAUAGAAUUACAGGUGCAAAAACACAGAUGAUUAUGGAAGACUGGGACUUUCUGCAGUUGCAGUGUGCUUUGUAUAUUAACAGUGAGUUGUCUGGGAUUCCCAUGAACAUGGCACCAAAGAAAUGGACUCGUGGUUUUGUCCAGAGGCUUAAAGGAAAACAAGGUCGCUUCAGAGGUAACUUAUCGGGAAAGAGAGUAGAUUUCUCUGGCCGAACUGUGAUUUCUCCAGAUCCCAAUCUGCGCAUUGAUGAGGUUGCUGUUCCAGUCCAUGUUGCCAAAAUACUGACUUUUCCAGAAAAGGUUAACCAGGCAAAUAUGCAGUUAAUGAGGAAAUUAGUACAGAAUGGACCUGACGUUCAUCCAGGUGCUAACUUCAUUCAGCAGAGACAUACGCAGAUGAAAAGGUUUCUUAAAUAUGGAAACCGUGAGAAGAUUGCACAGGAACUGAGGUUUGGAGACAUUGUGGAGAGACAUCUAAUAGAUGGAGAUAUUGUUCUGUUUAACAGACAGCCAUCCCUACACAAGCUCAGCAUCAUGGCCCAUAUAGCAAGAGUAAAACCACACAGAACAUUUCGCUUCAAUGAGUGUGUCUGCACUCCAUACAAUGCUGAUUUCGAUGGAGAUGAAAUGAACCUUCAUUUGCCUCAAACUGAGGAGGCCAAAGCAGAAGCAUAUGUGUUAAUGGGGACCAAAGCUAACUUGGUAACUCCUAGGAAUGGAGAACCCCUGAUUGCUGCGAUCCAGGACUUCCUUACAGCUGCUUACCUCCUCACCCUUAAAGACACUUUUUUUGAUCGUGCCAAAGCCUGCCAGAUCAUUGCCUCCAUCUUAGUGGGAAAAGAUGAGAAAAUAAAAGUCCGUCUUCCACCUCCUGCAAUUCUUAAGCCUGUUACCCUCUGGACAGGGAAGCAAGUUUUUAGCCUCAUUUUGCAACCUAGCCACGACAAUCCAGUUCGUGCCAACUUGCGUACCAAGGGCAAACAGUACUGCGGGAAGGGAGAGGAUCUUUGUCAUAAUGAUUCUUAUGUGACAAUUCAAAACAGUGAACUGAUGUGUGGCAGCUUGGAUAAGGGGACGCUAGGCUCUGGCUCCAAAAACAACAUUUUUUAUAUUCUUUUGCGAGACUGGGGACAAGUUGAGGCAGCAGAUGCUAUGUCACGGCUUGCCAGAUUGGCACCUGUUUUUCUGUCUAACAGGGGUUUCUCCAUUGGGAUUGGAGAUGUAACUCCUGGACAGGGGCUACUGAAGGCAAAGCAGGACCUUCUUGAUGCCGGUUAUAAGAAAUGCGAUGAAUACAUAGAAGCUUUGAAUACAGGAAAAUUGCAGCCGCAACCUGGAUGCAGUGCUGAGGAGACUUUAGAGGCUUUGAUUCUUCGUGAGCUGUCUGUAAUCAGAGAUCAUGCUGGCAGUGCUUGUCUUCGAGAACUGGACAAGAGCAACAGUCCACUUAUAAUGGCCCUCUGUGGUUCCAAAGGUUCUUUCAUUAACAUCUCACAGAUGAUUGCCUGCGUGGGCCAGCAGGCUAUCAGUGGCUCUCGCGUCCCUGAUGGCUUUGAGAACAGAUCUCUACCGCAUUUUGAAAAACAUUCUAAGCUUCCAGCAGCCAAAGGAUUUGUAGCCAACAGUUUUUAUUCAGGCCUUACUCCUACUGAGUUCUUCUUCCACACAAUGGCAGGACGAGAAGGUCUGGUGGAUACUGCUGUGAAAACAGCAGAGACAGGAUACAUGCAGAGACGACUGGUAAAGUCUUUAGAGGACCUGUGCUCUCAGUAUGAUUUGACUGUACGUAGCUCCACUGGGGAUAUCAUUCAGUUUAUUUAUGGUGGUGAUGGACUAGACCCUGCAGCUAUGGAAGGCAAAGAUGAACCUUUGGAGUUCAAACGUGUCCUCGAAAAUGUUAAAGCUGUAUACCCCUGUUCAGAGGAACCUGCCUUGAGUAAGAAUGAGCUUAUUUUAACCAGUGAAUCCAUUAUGAAGAAGACAGAGUUCCUUUGCUGCCAGGAUUCCUAUCUGCAGGAAAUUAAAAAAUUUGUCACAGGAGUCUCUGAACGUAUCAAGAAAACCCGUGAUAAAUAUGGUAUAAAUGACAAUGGCACCACUGAGCCACGUGUCCUCUACCAGCUGGAUAGAAUAACACCCACACAGUUGGAAAAGUUUUUGGAGACUUGUCGCGAUAAAUAUAUGCGAGCUCAAAUGGAACCUGGCUCUGCUGUGGGUGCCCUUUGUGCACAAAGCAUUGGAGAGCCUGGCACGCAGAUGACUCUGAAAACGUUUCACUUUGCUGGAGUGGCAUCAAUGAACAUCACCUUAGGAGUUCCACGUAUCAAGGAGAUUAUAAAUGCCUCAAAAAAUAUAAGCACACCGAUCAUUACUGCCCAUCUGGAUAUUGAUGAUGAUGCUGACUUUGCCCGACUGGUGAAAGGCAGAAUUGAGAAGACUUUGUUGGGAGAGAUAUCAGAGUAUAUUGAAGAAGUUUUCUUACCUGAUGACUGCUUUCUUCUAGUGAAGCUUUCCCUGGAACGCAUAAGGCUGUUAAGGCUGGAAGUAAAUGCAGAGACUGUGCGGUAUUCUAUAUGUAUGUCCAAACUUCGUGUCAAACCUGGGGACAUAGCUGUACAUGGUGAGGCUGUCCUUUGUGUCACACCUCGAGAAAACAGCAAGAGCUCCAUGUAUUAUGUUUUGCAGUCUCUUAAAGAAGAUUUGCCAAAGGUGGUUGUACAAGGAAUACCUGAAGUUGCACGAGCAGUUAUACACAUUGAUGAACAGAGUGGAAAAGAGAAGUACAAAUUGCUUGUGGAAGGGGAUAACCUUCGUUCUGUCAUGGCCACCCACGGAGUCAAGGGGUCCAGAACCACAUCAAAUAACACUUAUGAGGUAGAAAAAACUCUGGGUAUUGAAGCUGCGCGCUCCACAAUAAUCAAUGAAAUCCAGUAUACAAUGGUGAACCAUGGUAUGAGCAUUGACAGGCGCCAUGUCAUGCUGCUUGCAGAUCUCAUGACCUACAAGGGUGAGGUACUGGGGAUAACUCGCUUUGGCCUUGCAAAAAUGAAGGAGAGUGUCCUGAUGCUUGCUUCAUUUGAAAAGACUGCUGAUCACCUGUUUGAUGCAGCCUAUUUUGGACAGAAAGAUUCAGUCUGUGGAGUCUCUGAAUGUAUUAUCAUGGGAAUUCCUAUGAAUAUUGGGACUGGCCUCUUCAAACUUCUGCACAAAGCAGACAAGGACCCCAGUCCACCUAGAAGACCUCUUAUAUUUGAUCACGAGGAUUUUCAUCACCCAUUUCUGAACAUGUAGCAGCGUGUCACAUGUACUUAGAAACAACACUGUUGUUUCAAAUAUAUUUAUUUAAGGUUAUUGUUUCUUAAAAGUAAACAGUCGUCAGACUGAAAAGUAUUUUUGCAGAAUGGAUAUGCAGUAGUCUGAAGGAAAGUCACAAUUGCCCCUGGCUUGUGAAAACUGGCCCAGCCUAGGGGUUCUUCCAGCAAGCCACUGAGCGAUGCUUUUUCUUUGUUCGCUACCCUGAGGCCGCCACAUGCACAGUAGAGUGAAAAAGACUAUUUUUUUGUUUCUCACUCUACAGAGCACAUGCACACUCACUAAGAAAGGAGCAGAAAGAGAAUUGCUGUGUGGUGCUCGCUGGAAGAGCCCCAGGCGAGUGUAAUUUUCUGCUAACAAAAGCACCAGCUCAGGGUAUCAGGCAAGUGAAUACAAUCACUAGGGGGUUGCCGAACUUUAGCUACUCCCCCUGCGAUUGGGAAAAAGUUGAUACUCAGUCAUCAUGUAGAACAUUUUUUUCAACACUCAUGUUAUUAAAACCGAUGCUAUUUGUUGCAUUAUGCCUAAUUUCCCUCAAGACAAAGCAGGAUCAAUACUGUUAUGACAGUAGGCAAUUUAUUUAGAAAUUCAGAGAAGUUAUAUAUUUAAAUUAUGUGUUGAAUGCAACAGACUUGGCACAAAAUACUUUGCUUUUUAAAGCAAAUAUAAUAAUGUAGAGUAUUGUAAAUAUGUUCUUUAGUACUGCGUAAGUACUGGGUAAUAAAAACAGAAUAGCAGAGUUCUGGGAUAUACAGAAAUGCCAACUGUAAAAGUUAUAUACAGUUGUAUAUGGGAGAACUCGCAUGUUGGAUCAUGGCAUUUAGUUCAGAAAUUCUGUGUUGUAUAUACAUUUCCCUGUUAAUUGAGCUGUAAAUUGUACCUAAUAGAUUAAAUGCAAUUUGACAUCCUUGAAA